AUGGCGCCUUCAACCAAAUCUCCUUCCUCUAUUGUUCUUGCUGUUCUUCUUGUUCUUGUUUCAGUUAUUGGCUGUCCUUCAUCCACAGCCCAUCUACUCAAAACCUGCAUGUUCGACGCUAUCUACCAACUGGGUGACUCGAUUUCGGACACUGGAAACCUCAUUCGUCAAAACCCCAACACCCCAUUUUCUCAUCUUCCUUACGGUGAAACGUUGUUCAACAAAUCCACUGGCCGCUGCUCCAAUGGUCUUCUCAUGAUUGAUUACUUUGCUUUGGACGCUGGACUUCCCUUGGUGAACCCUUAUUUGAACAAAGAUGCAUUGACAAGGCAUGGUGUGAAUUUCGCAGUGGCUGGUUCUACGGCUUUGUCUUCUCAGCUUCUUUCUCAAAAACAAAUCUUAUCUCCGGUCACCAACUCUUCUCUCAACCAACAACUUUAUUGGAUGUUCUCUCAUUUCAACUCCAUUUGCUACAACCAAAGAGAUUGCAAUGAGAAAUUAAGGAAUGCUUUGUUCUUGGCCGAUUUGUCCACCCUUGUAUUGAGGAAACAAGGGGCAUAA